AUGAACCGCGGGGGUCGGGUGAAGUGAGUAAACUCCAUUAACAGAAAGGGAAUCCGACCCGAUCUAUGAAAUUUGGCCCUCACCUCACGCCUCUUAUCCCUUUAUCUUAAUCCCCCCUCCGAACCCCCAAAACCCCCGCUCAACUCAAUUCCCCAAUUCCAAAGCAACGAAUCGCUAACUCGUUGAACUAGGGGUCGCCGGUACUCAUCAUGUCUUCGGGAAAUCAAGAUGAUAAGUCUAGCUCGUCGGAGAACAAGAGCCCGAAGAGCGAGGCAUCGUCUGCGCAGGGACGGCAGAGGCCAGCUGCUUCUGGGUUUCCACCAAACCCUUUCGAUUUUUCCUCCAUGACUGAUCUGCUCAGGGAUCCAUCAAUAAAAGACUUGGCAGAGCAGAUAGCAAAGGAUCCUGUGUUUAACCAGAUGGCAGAGCAGCUUCAGAAAAGUGUUCAAAGUGUGGGGCCGGAUGGGGUCCCUCCAGUGGACACCCAACAAUAUAUUUCUACCAUGCAAAAGGUCAUGCAAAACCCUCAGUUCAUGACAAUGGCAGAACGACUUGGAAGUGCUCUGAUGCAGGAUUCUUCUAUGGCUAGUAUGCUUGAGAGUUUUGCUAAUCCACCUCAUAAAGAACAGAUCGAAGAAAGGAUGGCACGCAUGAAGGAAGAUCCAUCUCUGAAGCCAAUUCUUGAUGAAAUAGAGACUGGAGGUCUUCCUGCAAUGAUGAAGUAUUGGAAUGACCCUGAAGUUCUUCAAAAGCUAGGCCAAGCAAUGGGGAUGCCCACAUCAGGUGAGGCUGCAUCAUCAACAGAACUUUCUGGACCUGAAGAAGGAGAAGAGGAAGCAGGAUAUGAGGAUGAGUCAGUUGUUCAUCACACUACUAGUGUUGGAGAUGUUGAGGGCUUAAAAAGUGCCCUUGCUGCUGGAGCUGACAAGGAUGAAGAAGACUCUGAAGGAAGAAGAGCUUUGCAUUUUGCAUGUGGCUAUGGGGAGGUGAAAUGUGCUCAAGUCCUCUUGGAGGCUGGAGCUUCUGUUGAUGCGCUGGAUAAGAACAAAAACACUGCUCUUCACUAUGCUGCAGGUUAUGGGCACAAGGAAUGCGUAGCUCUUCUAUUAGAGAAUGGUGCAGCAGUCACUCUGCAAAACUUGGAUGGGAAGACUCCUAUUGAUGUUGCCAAGCUCAACAACCAGGAUGAGGUUCUCAAGCUGCUCGAGAAGGAUGCGUUCUUGUAAUCUACAUUGCAAUAGUAUUUGAAAGAGAGGGUGAAUCAUGUUUUGCCAUGUAUGCUAUGCUUCUGAUGCUUUUGAGCUCUUCGUCUUGGGCGUCUAAGACGGAGAACAUGAGUUGCUAGUUGUACUUUUUCAGGUUCACGCUAGUCUUUUCUGAGAGUGAAAAAGUUUCAGAUGUUUGUAUGGAUCAUUUGAUUGCUUCUAAUUCGUUCCCCAGUUAUUGGGUUGUCUUGUAAUAAUGAUUCUGUAAUAGCAGUGGUAAUUGUAAUAUGUUAAGUUGAUUAUGUUAUGUUUGGUGUUUAGAAAGUUUUUGAUGCA